AUGGAAAAUAAAGGCUUCCUUCACAGCCUCGGAAACCAUAUCUACCUCGAGAAGCAAGACAAGCUGCGCGAUCUGGGAAUUAACCUCCAAACGUCACAGAUCAUCGUUGUAGGUGGGCAAUCAUCCGGCAAAAGCUCCCUCCUCGAGAGCUUGACAGGUUUCUCGCUGCCUCGAGGCCAGGGUUGCUGUACACGGUUCGCGACGCAAAUCACACUGCGCCGCCACCCGACCAAGAAGACUGUCAUCUCGAUCAUACCCAGAAGCAAUGCGGACCAGAAGCUAAGAGAAACGUUGAGAGCGUUCCGGCAUGAGCUCACUGAUUUUCGCCCGGAGGAUGUGGCUGGUGUCAUUGAAAAGGCCAACAUGGUGAUGGAAAUUAGAUCAGGGAUCAACAAGGACAUUCUCAGUCUCCCCAUGUUCAGCGAUGAUAUUCUCAAGAUUGAGAUUUCGAGCCCUGACGUGAGUGUCGUCUUGGCUGUAUUGUCCUGUCUUUCGGAUCCAGCAACCGAAGGAAUCCUUCAGUUUGCCAAAGUAGCCGACCCCAAAGGUGAGAGAACCGUUGGAGUUCUUACCAAAGCCGAUCUGGUAAAAGAAAAGGCCGUCCUUCAGUCGCUUUCCAACUUGGUGAUGGGCACAACUCUCAAGCUUGGUUACUUCGUUGUGCGGAACCGGGGUGCCGACGAAGACGAUCUGGAUAUAUCCCAAUGCAACAGGAAAGAAGUCGAACUUUUUGAGGAUCCACAAUGGAAGGAUAUUGCGAGCACCGGGCGUGUUGGAGUUGAUACCUUGAGGAAAGAGCUGCAGUCCCUCCUUACAGGGCUCGCCAAGCGCGAGUUACCGAAGCAAAAAGCUGAAGUCAUAAAGCGUCUGGCUGAUUGUGAGAAGAGAAGCAUCUCCUAUGGGCCGCCCAGGUCAACUCCAGCAGCUCAACGGGAGCAUUUGAUCAAGUUGGCGCUGAGGUUCGAGAGGUUGGUAAACGAUGCUCUCGAGGGCCUAUAUGGCAGGGAUGUCCUAUUUGGAGAGAAGCCUCCGCUGAAGCUCAUCACCAAGAUCAUUGAGCUCAACGAAGGAUUUUCUAACGCAAUCUGGAAGAAAGGUCAGACCUGGAACUUCAAAGGGAAGACGACGGAGAAGGACAAUGGCGCCGAAGCUGCCUACAUCAAACUGAUAAACGAGGCUUUCGACUGGGCAUCAACUUUUCCAGAAUUAUUGGAGUAUCGUCAUCCCAACAUUGUUUCUUUCAAGAACCCACAAAACGACAUCAUGGCCUUCAUUGGAGAGUGUUACUCGGCAAGUCGUGGACCAGAACUGGGAUCGUUUGGCGGGUCGGUGUUGACAAUGGCAUUUCAAGCCCAAGCGACGAGCUGGGAUGAAGCCGCAACUCGUCAUGUCAAGGGGGCUGUCUUGGUUAUCCAUCGGUUCCUAUACACGCUUCUGGAGGUUCUAGUAGCGGAUCAGAGAAUGCGCGAGGAGUUAUGGUCAUCUCUCCAAGAUGAUCUGCUGAAGGGUUAUCGACGGGCAUGCGACCACGCCAAGUUCGUCAUCAACACGGAGCUUAACGGUCGUCCGGUAACCUACAACCAUUAUUUCAACGACAACCUCCAGAGAGCUAGGCUGGGCCGCCAAAGGUCCAUUCUCCAGGGAUUGGACGCGAAUGGUCCAAAUACGAAGGUCGAUCUCUCCAAGGUGCAGGCUUUGAUGACGAGCGCGGUGGAAAACAAAUCCAAUGCUGAGCAGGUCAAGGAGGACAUCCAUGACAUACUCAAAAGCUACUAUAAGGUCGCCCGGAAGAGGUUCGUUGAUAACAUUUGCCAGCAGGCAAUCAAUCAUUUCCUCCUCGACGGCGAUCAAAGUCCUGUCAAGAUAUUCACGGCGAAUUGGGUAGCCAAGCUAAACGAUCGUCAACUUAAUAGCAUCGCCGGCGAGGAUGCUACUACGACAACGGCGAGACAGAGGCUGGAAACGGAGAUUGAAGGCCUGAAAAAGGCUUUGGAGGUAUUACGGUAUUGA